GCGCCCUCGGCCCGCUGGGCACGGUCCCGCGUGGGUGGGGGCCCCGGGGACGCGGCCUGUCUGGCAGGUUCGAGUCCGGGCACGGGCACCUCUCGGCGCCAGGCCCUUGGGUCGCGGCGGUCGCGGUAAUGGCAGCCACCGUUUGCCAGGCGCUUGCCGAGGGCAGGGUCGCUCGACGUAUGCUCCGUGUCACCCAAAUAAGUAGUCCUGCGUGACGGGUAGAAUCCGUAUCCCCAUUUCACAGAGUAGGAUAUUGGGGCCUAAGGAACUUGCCCAAGGUCACGCAGCUCGUGAGAGCCAGAGCCGGGGUUCAGACCUGAGUCGUCCUGCUGCAGAAUCUGUGCUCUUAACCGCUGCCUUCGGCUCCCCCAAGUUCACCGAUGAACCUGCGUGGACCUCAGUUUCUUCAGGAGGGGUAUUGAUGUUCCCCAAGGGUUUGUGGCUGGAAAGCAGGCAUGGUCAGACCCAUUUCACUGGCAGGAAAACAGAGACAGGACGUGUCUCUCUGCAAGACUUUCAUCCAGUAAAAGCAGCCAAGCUGGAGCCCAAAGCCAGGUGUUCUGACUCCCAGCGGGGGGCUCCCUGCACCAACCAUGAGUCGCCUGCUUUGGAAGAAGGUGGCCGCCGCCACCGUCGGGCCAGGGCCAGUUCCAGCUCCAGUGCGCUUGGUCUCCGUCUCCGUCCCCGUCUCCAGCGACGGGCAGCAGCAGCCGCAAGUGCAGUCCUCGGAGGGCGGGCAGCUGCGGCACAACCCGUUGCACAUCCAGAUGCUCUCGAAAGGGCUGCACGAGCAAAUCUUCGGGCACGGAGGGGAGAUGCCCGGCGAGGCCGCAGUGCGACGCAGCGUCGAGCACCUGCAGAAGCACGGGCUCUGGGGGCUGCCAGCCGCGCCCUUGCCCGACGUGGAGCUGCGCCUGCCGCCCCUCUACGGGGGCAACCUGGACCAGCACUUCCGCCUCCUGGCCCAGAAGCAGAGCCUGCCUUACCUGGAGGCGGCCAACUUGCUAUUGCAGGCCCAGCUGCCCCCGCAGCCCCCGAGCUGGGCCUGGGCGGAGGGCUGGACGCGGUACGGCCCCGAGGGGGAGGCCGUACCCGUGGCCAUCCCCGAGGAGCGGGCCCUGGUGUUCGACGUGGAGGUCUGCUUGGCAGAGGGAACUUGCCCCACGUUGGCGGUGGCCAUAUCCCCCUCGGCCUGGUAUUCCUGGUGCAGCCGGCGGCUGGUGGAAGAGCGUUACUCUUGGACCAACCAGCUGUCGCCGGCUGACCUCAUCCCCUUGGAGGUCCCUGCCAGUGCUGGCAGCCCCACCCAGAGAGAUUGGCAGGAGCAGUUAGUGGUGGGGCACAACGUUUGCUUUGACCGAGCCCAUAUCAGGGAGCAGUACUUGAUCCAGGGCUCUCGCAUGCGCUUCCUGGACACCAUGAGCAUGCACAUGGCCAUCUCAGGGCUAAGUAGCUUCCAGCGCAGUCUGUGGAUAGCAGCCAGGCAGGGCAAGCACAAGGUCCAGCACGCCACACAGAGAAGCCGCAAGUCCCAGAGGAGAGCCAGCGGCCCAGCGAUCUCGUCCUGGGACUGGCUGGACAUCAGCAGUGUCAAUAGUCUGGCAGAAGUGCACAGCCUCUAUGUGGGGGGGCCUGCCUUAGAAAAGGAGCCUCGAGAACUGUUUGUCAAGGGCAGCAUGAAGGACAUCCGUGAGAACUUCCAGGACCUGAUGCAGUACUGUGCCCAGGACGUGUGGGCCACCUUUGAGGUUUUCCAGCAGCAGCUACCACUCUUCUUGGAGAGGUGUCCCCACCCGGUGACUCUGGCUGGCAUGCUGGAGAUGGGUGUCUCCUACCUGCCUGUCAACCAGAACUGGGAGCGUUACCUGGCAGAGGCACAGAGCACCUAUGAGGAGCUCCAGCGGGAGAUGAAGAAGUCGCUGAUGGACCUGGCCAAUGACGCCUGCCAGCUGCUCUCAGGAGAGAGGUACAAAGAAGAUCCCUGGCUCUGGGACCUGGAGUGGGACCUGCAAGAGUUUAAGCAGAAAAAGGUUAAGAAAGAGAAGAAGAAGGAGCCGGCCACAGCCAGCAAGCUGCCCAUCGAGGAGGCUGGGGCCCCUGGAGGUCCCAUGGAUCAGGAAGACCCUGGGCCCCCCAGUGAGGAGGAAGAGUUUCAGCGAGAUAUCAUGGCCCGCACCUGCUUGCAGAAGCUGAAAGCGACCACAGAGCUUCUGCCCAAGCGGCCCCAGCAUCUCCCUGGACACCCUGGGUGGUACCGGAAGCUCUGCCCCCGGCUGGAUGACUCUGUGUGGACCCCGGGCCCCAGCCUCCUCAGCCUGCAGAUGCGGGUCACCCCUAAACUCAUGGCACUGACCUGGGAUGGCUUCCCUCUGCACUACUCAGAGCGCCAUGGCUGGGGCUACCUGGUGCCUGGGCGGCGGGACAACCUGGCUAAGGUGACAACAGGCCCCACCCUGGAAUCAGCUGGAGUGGCCUGCCCCUACAGAGCCAUCGAGUCCCUGUACAGGAAGCACUGUCUCGAACAGGGGAAACAGCAGCUGGAGUCCCAGGAGGCAGGUGUGACUGAAGAGUUCCUGCUCAGUGACAGUUGUGACAUAUGGCAGACGGUGGAAGAACUGGGCUACUUAGAAGUGGAGGCCGAGGCCAAGAUGGAGAACUUGAGAGCUGUGUUUCCAGAUCAACCCUCGGCCCUGCCUGCUGCUGGUGGCCCCAAGGCCAGCCAGCCCACCUAUCACCAUGGCAAUGGACCUUACAAUGAUGUGGAUAUCCCUGGCUGCUGGUUUUUCAAGCUUCCUCACAAGGAUGGUAACAGCUGUAAUGUGGGCAGCCCCUUUGCCAAGGACUUCCUGCCCAAGAUGGAGGAUGGCACCCUACAGGCUGGCCCAGGAGGGGCCAGUGGGCCCCGUGCCCUGGAAAUCAACAAAAUGAUUUCUUUCUGGAGGAAUGCUCAUAAACGCAUCAGCUCCCAGAUGGUGGUGUGGCUGCCCAGGUCAGCUCUGCCCCGUACUGUGACCAGGCACCCUGACUAUGAUGAGGAAGGCCGCUAUGGGGCCAUUCUCCCCCAGGUGGUGACUGCCGGUACCAUCACACGCCGGGCUGUGGAGCCCACAUGGCUCACUGCCAGCAAUGCCCGGCCUGACCGAGUAGGCAGUGAGUUGAAAGCCAUGGUUCAGGCUCCACCUGGCUACGUGCUUGUGGGUGCUGACGUGGACUCCCAGGAGCUGUGGAUUGCGGCUGUGCUUGGAGACGCCCACUUUGCCGGCAUGCAUGGCUGUACAGCCUUCGGAUGGAUGACACUGCAGGGCAGGAAGAGCAGGGGCACUGAUUUACACAGUAAGACAGCCACCACAGUGGGCAUCAGCCGUGAGCAUGCCAAAGUCUUCAACUACGGCCGCAUCUAUGGGGCUGGGCAGCCCUUUGCUGAGCGCCUACUAAUGCAGUUCAACCACCGGCUCACCCGGCAGGAAGCAGCUGAGAAGGCCCAGCAGAUGUAUGCUGUUACCAAGGGCCUUCGCCGGUAUCGGCUGUCGGAUGAGGGCGAGUGGCUGGUGAAGGAGUUGGACCUCCCUGUGGACAGGACUGAGGAUGGCUGGGUUUCCCUGCAGGAUCUGCGCAAGAUUCAGAGAGAAGCCUCAAGGAAGUCCCGCUGGAAGAAGUGGGAAAUGGUUGCUGAACGAGCGUGGAUGGGGGGCACAGAGUCAGAAAUGUUCAAUAAGCUGGAGAGCAUUGCCACAUCUGACGAACCGUGCACCCCGGUGCUGGGCUGCCGCAUCAGCCGAGCCCUGGAGCCCUCAGCUGUCCAAGGGGAGUUUAUGACCAGCCGUGUGAAUUGGGUGGUGCAGAGCUCUGCUGUGGACUAUUUACAUCUCAUGCUUGUGGCUAUGAAGUGGCUCUUUGAGGAGUUUGCCAUUGACGGGCGUUUCUGCAUCAGCAUCCAUGACGAGGUUCGCUACCUGGUGCGGGAGGAGGACCGCUACCGCGCUGCCCUGGCCCUGCAGAUCACCAACCUCCUGACCAGGUGCAUGUUUGCCUACAAGCUGGGUCUGAAUGACUUGCCCCAGUCAGUCGCCUUUUUCAGUGCAGUUGAUAUUGACCAGUGCCUCAGGAAGGAAGUGACAAUGGAUUGUAAAACCCCUUCCAACCCAACUGGGAUGGAAAGGAGAUACGGGAUUCCCCAGGGUGAAGCGCUGGAUAUUUACCAGAUAAUUGAACUCACCAAAGGCUCCUUGGAAAAAUGAAGCCAGCUUGGACCAUAGCUCUGCCUGGAGGCUCUGUAUUUGCUCCUGUGGAGCUUCAUCGGGGCGGUGCAGGCUCCCAAACUCAGGCUUUCAGCUGUGCUUUUUGUAAAAGGGCUUGCCUAAGGCCAGCCAUUUUUAAGUAGCAGGACCUGCUGAGAAGACUCCUUCUAACUGAAGGUGUAGUUGAAUUCAGUGGGCUCAGAACCAAGAUGCCAACAUUGGUAUGGGCACAGGACAAGGGGCAUUGUUGAAAGCAGAAGCCCCAAAGUUCACAUUAACUCAGGCAUUCAUUUCUUUUUUCCUUUUCUUCUUGGCUGGUUCUUUGUUCUGUUCCCCGUGCUCUGAUGCAGUGCCCUAGAGGGGAGAGAAGUAAUGCUCACACAACGUGAUGUGCCGAGGCAGUGGAAAUAAAAAAA